AUGGUCACAAACCGAACAACGGCAACACUAGAAACAGCUCUAAUUUUUUUUUAUACACCGCCGUGUUAUUUGGCUGAGCUAAUGGGAGAUAACAGGAUAAGACCUUAGAUAUGAAGCACUGAAAAUAAAAGUAGUGCCUGUGCCUGCAGAGCCAUGUCGCAGAGGACAUACAAUAAACUGUGGGCGGGUGCCCAGGUGGAGUUGAGUAGUCUGCUGACUCAAGAGCUCCCUCCUCAGCCGCUUCGCCCAGAGAGAGACAGGGUAGUGUUCUUCCAGCGUGUGGCCACCCUCUAUGUGCGCUACCUUCAAAUCUUCAGACAGCUGGUGGAGGCCCAUGACCAGGUGGUCCACCCCCAGAAGAGGUCUGUCAUUCGGAUGAUUCUGGAUGGUGUGAUGGGGAGAGUGCUGGAGCUCAAGAAUGAAAUGGUGGAGAAGGAAUUCUCUGAGUACCACUACAUGGACGAUGUGCUCCAGGACCUGAAGCUCACACCAGAAGCCAUAGAGAUCCCCAUUCCUCGCUAUUUUCUUAGUGAACGCAGCAAAGAAAUCCAAGAGCGAAAGGUGAUGCUCACAAACAUCUUCAACAUUAUGGAUGUUACAGAAGACCCUAACUCCUUAUUAACCCGGAGUCUGAGUCAAGAGGAAGCCAUUAAGAUCAUCCAGGUGGCAGAGAGGGCCCGUCAGGGACGGCUCAGGGCAAAACUAAUUGGAGAGAUACACAGGGUUAUGGAUAGGCAGUGGGGGACCAAAGACACGGGGCCGGAUGACAUUGAGUUGGCUGUGGUCUGCAUCCAGAGGGUGUGGAGAGGUUACAUACAGAGGAAAAGGACAAAGAGGGCUCGAGAGGAAGAGCUGAUUUUUCUGGGAAUGAUCAUGGAUCCAAAUCACCAGCAGCCCUGCCCUGCAACACUCACUACCCUAGCCAAUAAAGUUUGUACACGAACUAAACAAGAGGAAUACGAGGAAGACUACCAGAAAUCCAUAGUGGCCAUCACAAACAAGCUACGAGUUGUGGAGGGGCCUGAAAUGAUGGAGACCAUGAAAGAACAAAUCCGACAGUGGUUCAUUGAAUGCCAUGAUGCAACAGGAUCUUUUCCAGACUACCCAGAUGAAGAAGAAGGAGGCUCAGCUCUUAUCUUUGCUGAGAAAACCCCUCAACAGCUGAUGGAAGAAAUAGCUGCAAAGGAAGAGGAGGAAGCAAACGACAAGCCGAAAGGGAAGGAAGAAAAAAAAGACAAGGGGAAGAAAGACAAGGGGAAGAAAGACAAGGGGAAGGAUGGACAGGAGGAGGAGGAGGAGGAGGCAGGGCUGAAGAUGCUACCUUCAGCUUUUCUGUCUGAUUUGGAAGUGGGAAACAAAACCUUUGAAGAUGUUUGGCAGAACCGCAGCGAGUCCACAAACUUCAGCCAGAGGCACGAGGCUGAGCUCAUCAAGGAGGAGAAGAGGAAAGAGAUAGAGGCAGAGAUUCGCCUUAAGGUGGAUGAGCUGAUGAGACAAGAGCUGGCCAACUGGAAGCUCGUUGUAGAUAAAGACAAGGGUACCAGAGGAAAUCCCAAGAAAAAGAAAGCAUCCAAGAGUGGGAAGAAGAAAAAAAAGGACAAAGAUCUGACUGCUGAUAGGAGUCUUGAGUCUCUGUGUCAGGAGCUGGUGGAACAGGGCUUGUUGAAAAAGGCAGAUAAUGUUAAGCUGCAGGAUUACUUGGGUGACUAUAGCUACCUUGGGACCACGCUAAGGCAACAUGACAUCGAACCUAUGCCGACGUUAUCUGAUGUGCGGCAGGUCUUAGCUUUGUAUGCAGUUUUACCUUUAGGUUCCCAGGUUGUCCACGAGAAGGCUCCCCUCAUCAAGGCCAUCCUGCUGGCAGGGCCGGCAGGUGUGGGGAAGAAAAUGUUGGUCCACGCCAUCUGCCAGGAGACAGGUGCCAACCUGUUCGACCUGUCUCCUCUGAAUAUUGCAGGAAAGUACCCAGGCAAGAGUGGGCUUGCCAUGAUGCUUCACAUGGUCUUUAAGGUUGCAAGAUUGAUGCAGCCCUCAGUGAUAUGGAUUGGAGAUGCAGAGAAAAUGUUCUACAAGAAAGUUCCCAAGGAAGAAAAAGAGUUAGAUCCCAAACGUCUGAAGAAAGACUUGCCCAAGGUCCUCAAGUCGAUCAAAGGGGAGGAUCGUGUUCUUGUGGUGGGAACAGCCAAAGACCCGCUAAGUGCUGAUAUCAAGUCACUUUGUAAGAUGUACAGCAAAAUCAUCCUCAUCCCGAGACCCGACUACGGCUCAAGAUAUAUCAUGUGGGAGCAACUAAUCAGAAAGAACGGAGGUGAGGUAACCAAAGCCCUGGACCUCAGCUCCUUGGCCAAGAUUUCUGACGGCUACACACCAGGUCACCUGGUCCAGGUGAUCCGCAGCAUUCUGACGGAGCGUCGCAUCCUGCAGCAAGCAAGGAGACCUCUGACUGCUGCUGAGUUUGUUGCCCCGCUAGCCAAGAUCGAUCCUGUGUUUCAGAACGAGGAAGAGGCCCUCAAAAACUGGUAUGCAAAGACUCCCCUGGGAAAGAAGCGAGCUAAGGCUGCCACAGGAAAGGAUGAAGAGGAGGCACCUGUCAAAGGCAAGGACGUAAAGAAGAAAGGAAAAAAAUAAGUUAGUCAUCAUAUAUUUACCACAAAAAAAUGGACUCGUAUUCAGAAUAGCGCUCUGUUUAAGUGUCUUUAGUCUCUGCAAAAACUAAUAGAUGAACAUAUAAAUGAAUAAAUAAAUAAGUAAAUAAACA